GCACCAUCUGCCAAUCCCCGUACCCGACGGUCAAAUAGACGACAUCGGAUCCCUUCGAUCUCCCAAGAAUCCAACGGCUAGCAAUAAACCCUAACUCCGUUGGCCCCGGCUACCAUCUGCCACUCUUUAAAAGCCGCGCGUUUCUCUCAUCCGUGUCUGUCCCCUCCGUCGCCACACAAAUUCAGCUGCUCAUCGUCUCGGGAAUUCGUGUCAACAAUCGCCCUCUUGUCAACGCCGGCUAGAGAAGGAUAACUUCUUCAUCUGCGGUAAGUAUCCGAUCUCCCUUUACCCUUCGUUCCCAUGUUCUUACGAUCUACUCCACACCUUUGUUCUCUAUGCAUGAGCAAUUAUGGCACUAUAUGUUCCCUUGCUUGCGUGCUUAGCGAAGCUUGUUUGUGAUUUAGAUCGUCCCUUAAUCGGAGUCUUUGCGCUAUCGCUUCCUACCACUGUCUCGUUCUUGUAGUCCGUUGUUUGGUUUAGUUAUGUCCAUCUGCCUGCGUGAAUAUAUUUCCUGAAUUAAACCAAGGCUUGCUGAUAAUCACAAUUCGACCUAUGUAUGGAUCAUAAACUUGUCAAUUGACUUGUUUACGUCUUCAGAUAUGGUGGUGUUUGUGUUUUCAUAUUGACGUGGUGCCUUGUUGCGUUGGAUUCUAUCGUUUUAUUCGUGAGAAUCAUAGUGCUCGUAAUUUUGUGCUGAUGUUAAGUUGCAUUCUUCCUGCAGUUGUACUUAAGUUCAGAAUGGGUAAAGAAAAGGUUCACAUCAACAUUGUGGUCAUUGGCCAUGUCGACUCUGGGAAGUCAACCACCACCGGCCACUUGAUCUACAAGCUUGGAGGUAUUGACAAGCGUGUGAUCGAGAGGUUCGAGAAGGAAGCAGCUGAGAUGAACAAGAGAUCAUUCAAGUAUGCCUGGGUGCUUGACAAGCUGAAGGCCGAGCGUGAGCGUGGUAUCACCAUUGAUAUUGCCCUGUGGAAGUUCGAGACAACCAAGUACUACUGCACAGUCAUUGAUGCCCCUGGGCAUCGUGAUUUCAUCAAGAACAUGAUUACUGGUACCUCCCAGGCUGAUUGUGCUGUCCUCAUCAUUGACUCUACCACUGGUGGUUUUGAGGCUGGUAUUUCCAAGGAUGGACAGACCCGUGAGCAUGCUCUCCUUGCUUUCACCCUUGGUGUCAAGCAGAUGAUCUGCUGCUGCAACAAGAUGGAUGCCACCACCCCCAAGUACUCGAAGGCUAGGUAUGAUGAAAUUGUGAAGGAAGUUUCAUCCUACUUGAAGAAGGUUGGGUACAACCCAGACAAGGUCCCGUUCGUUCCCAUCUCUGGGUUUGAGGGAGACAACAUGAUUGAGAGGUCAACCAACCUGGACUGGUACAAGGGCCCAACCCUUCUCGAUGCUCUUGACAACAUCAAUGAGCCCAAGAGGCCCUCGGACAAGCCCCUCCGUCUCCCACUUCAGGAUGUGUACAAGAUUGGUGGUAUUGGAACUGUGCCAGUGGGCCGUGUGGAAACAGGUGUCAUCAAGCCUGGUAUGGUUGUUACCUUUGGUCCCACUGGACUGACAACUGAGGUGAAGUCGGUUGAGAUGCACCAUGAAGCUCUCCAGGAGGCUCUCCCUGGUGACAAUGUUGGGUUCAACGUGAAGAAUGUUGCUGUCAAGGAUCUCAAGCGUGGGUUCGUUGCCUCGAACUCCAAGGAUGACCCUGCAAAGGAGGCUGCUAACUUCACCUCCCAGGUCAUCAUCAUGAACCACCCUGGCCAGAUUGGGAACGGUUAUGCCCCAGUGCUCGACUGCCACACUUCCCAUAUUGCUGUGAAGUUCUCUGAGAUCACAACCAAGAUUGACAGGCGAUCUGGCAAGGAGAUUGAGAAGGAGCCCAAGUUCUUGAAGAAUGGUGAUGCUGGGUUCGUGAAGAUGAUUCCGACCAAGCCCAUGGUGGUGGAGACCUUCUCCGAGUACCCACCUCUCGGUAGAUUUGCCGUGAGGGACAUGAGGCAGACUGUUGCGGUUGGUGUCAUAAAGGCCGUGGAGAAGAAGGAUCCUACUGGUGCGAAGGUCACCAAGGCUGCCGCCAAGAAGAAGUGAGGCAGGGUUUUAUUUACUUUUGUCAAUGUGGACAUUGUCGUUGGGUGUUUCUGCUGGGUGCCCUUUGUUAGAAUUUAUUCUGGGAACAUGGUGUGGCUGUAGUAGGAUGGAGUGGCUGUUUGUUUAGUAAUGUUUUUCAAUUUCCCUGUCAGAGAUGCUCUCUCGAUCUGCCCCUGAGAGCGAGUGGCUCAACAGUUUUGCCCUUUUUUUGCAACGAAUAGUUCAUAUCCGGGCUAGAAAUUUUCGUGUUUUGAAAAUCUCCCGUGCGUAUCAGUACGAACUUUACAGCAGUUACUUUGGUUGCAUUGUCAUACUCAUACAUCGUAACUGCCUAACUGGCAAUGUGCUUUCUUUAACUUAAGGAAAUCGACCGAACUGACCCAGUGACCCUUCCAAUCUGCAUUGUACUCUGAAAAAGCACAGCAGUGAUUUGCCACCAUCUAGUAUGAGCUUUGCUUGUCUGCUGACGAUAUGAUUGCAAUAGCCACUGUUAGAAGGAUUCAGAGUUCAAGAGCAGGGUUGUGUAUGAUCGAGUAGUAGAUAGUACUGAUUGACUUCUCCCCUGGAAAACUGGAUGUACCAUUCGAACGAAUGUAGAAUGGCUAACAGGGAGAUACUUAGGAUCCAAUAUGAUGCAAAGCUGAAAGAUUUUGCUCUCCUUGUGUUUCAAGUUUCAACCCUGCUCUGAGAUUUCGGCCAAAAAACUCCUAUCAGUUCUAUCAUUUCUGGUAGUGCAAGAAGUUACACUGGACCACCCUGUCCAAUGGGUGGCGCGACUGGUGAGUAAUAGGCCUCUACCACACUCUUCCGGAAAAAAUUACAACUCUUUGUCAAUGUCACUGUCAUUCUCUUUUUCCGCUGCAGCCUUCUCAGCCUUCUCUGCUUCUUCCAAAACAAACGCUUUGAGCGAAU